AUGGCCGCACCCCCGCCCACUUCCUCAAGCUCUAGGGCUGCCGUCCCCCCUCCCCUCACCCACCACACAUCCGAACUGGCUCAGCGAUAUGGACGUGCGGAUCACCUUGUGUAUCACAAUGAGGGACCAGAGGGAGAGGUCACAAAGUUCCGGCAUCUGUUCAAGCGUCCCACCAUCAGACAGUGGGUGGAGGAAGGCAAGCUCUACCGAGAGGCGAAUCCACGUGAAGUGCCGCGCGUCGAGCUCUUCUUCGACCUACUCUACGUCGGUAUCAUUCACCAGCUCGCCGAGGCGGCCGUCGAGGAGGCGGGUGGACUGGCCGUCGGACGAUUCAUCCUCACUUUCUACCCUUCGUGGUCCAUUUGGGAGGAGGCGAGGCGAUACUCGAACGUCUCGGGACUGGACGACCUGAUGCACAGGCUGUGGGUGCUCUGCGGUAUGGCCUGUAUGCUCGGAUACAGUGUUAGCGCGUCCGCCAUCGAGCUCCACCCGGAGGGCGAGCACGGUUUCGACUCUCGACCUGUGCACUGUGCGGCUGCGUUCUGGCUAAUUAUCAAGCUCACCAGAGGUGCGUAUUCUGGGUCGUUCCGCAUCCCUCAGUUCCUUUCCGGAUGCGCUACCCUCGUCCCGAUGUUUGUGUAUCUGUCGCGCCCUGCCCAGAUUGCGUUGGCGACAGUCGGAAUCUGCCUCGACCUGAUCCGCGUCGACAUGGUCUUCUUCCUCUUCGUCAGCAAGUUCCGCUCCUGGAAGGAGUGGCGUGCGAGCCGAGCCCGUGUCGCAGCGGGUGAGAUGAGCCAGGACGAAGUCAAGCCGUUCAGCUGGAAUCUCGCCAAGAUGGGCAACAUGGGUUUCGCCGUUCCCGUCUCGACCGUUCCGGCGCCUUCGUGGUCAUCGUACUGGGCGAAAUGCUACGAGCACCCUCUCCGCCGCUCAUGGCUUACUGGCGUUCUCUUCUCGUUCUUCCACUGGCCCCUCGUCGCCGCCCUUAUCCUAGCGUCUUCGUCCGCCAAAGAGCUCUUGAACAACGAGGAGGCUGAGGCUCCCGUGGCUUGGUACUGGGGCUGCGGACUUGGUUUCGCCAUCUUGUUCAUGUCGGGCAUCGAUCUUCUCCACCGCAACCUCGGCAGCUGGAACUCCCAAAGGAUACCGAGACCCAUCCGCCUCGUCUUCAACUUCAUUGGUGCGCUGGCCCUCAUCCUCGUCCCAUUGGCGUACCACGAUCUCUCGACGACCGACAUGUUCGGCAUCGCGGUCGGGAUCACCUGGGCGAUCCUGAUUGUGAAUGUGGUCGGCAUCCUGCCCUCGAGGAGUGCGCUCAAGAACCACGACCACUCAAACCCCGACGACCCCUUCCACCCCGAGCGCACGCUCAUGAUCGAGGAGACGCUCCCGAGCUCGGGCAUGCCGCGGAGCAGCAUGACCUCGCUGCGUUCCAGAAGUAGCCACCAGCACCCCGAAGCGUUUGCCGGGACCGAGCCUGCCGUCCAAGACGCGACAGGGCACGGCAAGGUGUGA